UUGAUAGCCAUCUAUCCUUGCCUGCACACUUUGCUCCCCAACAGAGUGCACACUCCCAAGUACAUUCUUGGCAUUUUCCCUUUUUCUUAUACCCCACACACACUCCUUCUUCUUUCCCUCCUUCCAACUCUCCAAUCCCUUCAAUCUUUCAUUCAACCACUUCCACUUCCCUCUCUCUAAUGGAUGCAAAACCUCCUCAACUUGCUUCACAACCUUUGAACUAUCAGACAUGGUUCUUGAAAGUUUCCAUCCACUGUGAAGGUUGCAGGAGGAAAGUAAAGAAAGUUCUGAAGAGCAUUGACGGUGUUUUCACUGCAACCAUAGAUCAGCAGCAGCAGAAAGUAACUGUCACUGGAAGUGUUAGUGUUGAGACCCUUCUCAGGAAACUGGUCAGAGCCGGAAAACACGCCGAGAUUUGGCCGGAGAGUCUCAACGGCGACGGAAAAAUCUCCGGCAAAGGGGGGAACAAGAAUAAGAAGAAUGAAGCAAAAGAACCAUUGAAAAACAAGGGAACUGAAAAUGUUACUACUAGUAGUUCCAAGUGCAACAGUGAGAACAAGAGCAGCAACAAAAAAGCCGGCGACAACUCGCCGGAGAAGCCCCCCUCCGGUGUCCAGGCUCCGGCAGAGGGUGGUGGUGGUGGUUCUGGUAAGAAGAAAAAGAAAGUUCAGAGUGGUGGCAAUGGUUUGAGUUCAGCCUCUACUGCUGCACCUGCACACACUGGAAUGCAGUUUCAGGAUCUUGUGGGCCAAGUGAAUGAGACAUGUCAACAACAAUCAUUUUCGUACCCAGAAACUGGUUAUCCUCCGAUGGUUUAUGUCGCAUCUUAUAACAGAUUUUAUCCUUCUUACUAUGUUCCAUCUUCACCCUAUGUGUAUGCUGGUCUCCAAGAUGGUUACCACUUUCAAUCAGCACCGUUGGUUUCCUUUGAGAUCUUUAGUGAUGAAAAUGCUAAUGGCUGUUCCGUUAUGUGAGUGAGACUUGAAAGUUAAGAGAAUGUUGCUUGCACUAUGAUAUGGUUAUUAUUAUUAUUAUGGCCUAGAUAAUUUGGCAUUAAUAUUUUUGUAGGGGUGCUUUUUUUUAAUCAAUAGAAAAAUAAUAAUUGUAUUUAAGUCUUCAUAUAUCUACUCAAUUUUCCUUACUAUGCCGAGUCUAGUGAUUUGU